UGUGGUAAACAAAGCAGUGUGCAGAAAAACGCAGCAUAGAAACAUUCAUUGAGAAAGAAACAACGCAAAAAGUGCGAUUUGCCAGUGCGUACGGGUAAAUCGAGACAGACCAGCGACUAGACGAGUGUUGGGGAACAAAAAAAUCAAGCGGAACCAACGCAUUCAUCGCGAAUGUGUUGAACGUGGUUGCAGAAAGCAGCAGCAACACUCGAUUAAUUACGUAAAUAAUAAUAAGUAUAAUAACUCACACGAGCGAACCCGCUCGAGACAUCGCGAUCCGCACAUUCACAAUCUCGAGAGCUGGAAGUGCUGGUCGAUAGAUAGAGAGACGCAAAUGCAUUUGCGAAAGAGGUGUGAGUAAACACAACAGUGUGGAAAAAUAAGUGCUUUUUUGUGGUGCUUUGUGGAACAUCCGAAGAGGCCUCUGCUCUAAACAACAAAAUUUCGCCUACUUUACGUGCGGAUUUCCCUGUUUGAACGGCAGCAAAAACACACGCGUGUGUGUUUUGUCCCGUGGUAAUUUUGACAGAUCGCGCAUGGUGCGCUGUUGUGUUUAGAGUGAACAGCUGGUGGUAGGAAGAGAAGGAACGCGUGUAUGAGUGUGCGCGGGUGCUGCGAGCGUGAACAAAGAAAUCGCAAUACAUAGCGAGUGUGAGAGCGAGCGGAAAGACCAAAACGGUCCAAUGCUUCACAGUGGUUGGAAAGAGUGCGAACGAAACGGAAGAGGUAAUCGAAGGUACAAACACAGUUGCAGAAAUCACCACCAAGCAUCAGCAGCAGCAGCAUUAGCAGCAUCGCAGAUCACAGUAGCCAGCCGUUGGGUGUAGACCAUUGCUGUUGUUGAUCCGUCAUCGUCAACGGCUACUGAUCCCUGGGAUAGGGAUUUAUCCCGAGAACAUAACUUUUUUUUUACCACAAGAAAGCACUAAAAAGACUCCUGGAAAGGAAACGGGAUCCGCAACCCCAAAAGGCCAACAUCUUCAGUGAACCUAUCGGGCUAACAACAGCAACAGCAGCAGCAGCAGCAGUAAAGAAGAAGAGAUCACAUCUCGCAAAGUGUUCAUACAAGUAUUCAGUUCUUAUUCUCUCGCGUGUGGUGGUGAACGGUUGUUUUCUUUGUUGAGCAAAUGUCUGGUGAACGGUUGUAAUAUUACAACAGCAGUGUGACAGAAUAGUAAAGUGUACGUACGUGUAACGGGGAGCAGUUUGUUCCACGCACUAAAAUCAGCCACACAACUUGCUUAUCAAACCUGUGAAGUGCAUAGCCUACCCUAGAAAGAGGUGAAUAUUGGCCCCUAAUCGGCAAGCAAACCGAUAACGACGACACACGCGCGCACACGCACACCCAACACGCGACUGAUUAACGUGUUCUAACGUGUACAAGCCUAGCGAAGGUUUUCGGCCGGCUCACCAGCGUUCGAUCAACGGUCGAUCGUAUUUCCGUCAUUCGAUCCGUGCCGGGGCGAACCGGCCACAAACACGCCACGGACGAACAUCCUGCGUCAUCGUCAGCAUCAUGCCUUGGUAUGCGCCCUGGUCGGACGUGAUCAAGAAGAAGAUCUGCCGCUUUCUGCUCCAGCGCUAUUUGGGCCAGUUUCUGGAGGAGAAGCUGACGCUCGAUCAGCUGAACGUCGACUUCUACAAUGGUACCGGAACCGUGAACAACGUCACACUUUACUGCCAGGCACUAAAUGAACUGUGCGAAGGGCAAGGAUGGGGCAUCGAGGUAACGGGCGGCCACAUCGGUUCGGUUACCGUGAACGUGCCGUACGAUUCACUACUCGCCAAGGACAGCUCGAUCGAGGUGUCCAACCUAAUGAUAAGUUUGCGCCCGAAGGCCCGACCCACCGACGGUACCUCGAUGCUCGAAUCGAUGUGGUCCUCAAUGUCCAGCUCGAUGCAGCUAGCGCAGGAAUAUCUGGAACGGGAAAGCACCGGCGGUAGUAUAGCGGACGGACACCACUCCACACACGGCGGUUCGGGACGGGGGGGGCAUCAUGCCAGUGCGUCCGGUUCCGGCCAACAGUUGCCCCCGAGUGCCAUGGAAGGGCUGGAGAACUUUGCACAAAUCAUUGACAACGUGCUAAAUAGGAUUAAGGCAAAACUUUAUGACAGCGAAAUUAGAAUAGAAUAUGUGUCACCGGAAGGUGAUCGAGGGGUGGCUGUGAUAGUGAAAAUCAAAAGUAUCGAUUACCAGAAUGAGGCUGGUAAUGAUCCGCCCGAUCGUAGCCCGAAAACAUCCAGCUCAUCCUCAUCCGGGUCAGAUGUGUCCGAUCACACUGUCACCGCUGGUGGUGGUGGAAGCAGCAAUAGGCAGCAGCAGCAGCAAAAAUCGUUCCUAAUUGCGACACACGCCACCCAUCACAUAACGAUCGAAGGCAUCACCUUCUACACCGAAGAGUUCCGGAUAGACAAUCCGCGUAUGCGCCGUCACCAGCAGCGUACGACGGAUGCGGCGGAAUCGACCACGGCGGUUCCGCCGUAUGCCGAAAGUAUGAUAGACAGUGAACAGUUCCGUAGCACGAUCUCACACAUGUCGGAAGGUGGCUCGCCACCGAACGCACCGCCGAGCGACGGAGGGGAUGGAUACUUUAGCUAUAGCCACACAAGCGCAUGUGAUAGUAGCAGCAGUCCCACUAGCCGUGGGACCGAGUUUUAUAGGCGUAGCAACAGUAGCGGCACGGACCGUGAAACGGAUCCGAGCGAAGAGGAGGAUGCCGAGAGCGAGGAUGAGCUGGGCGAUUCCGGGUUGCGAAUGUAUCGGUCCGGCGAGAUAAUCGUUGGCAAGAUCACUUCCAGGCAGGAGAUACGGCUGAAGAUGAAGCAAGCGGACAAUCUGCCCGGACCGAACGUGGAGCUGGAGCUGUCCGUUGGUUCGAUCCAGCUAUUCCUGACCCCCCGCCAGCUACACUCGCUCGUGUUGGUUUGUGAUAGCUUUCUGGGCGGCAACGAGGAACCACCGCCGCCACCGACCGCAAGGGAGAUGAAGGCAGCGGCCGGCAAGCGCCACGAAGCAGCGUCGGCUGCCGAAAUGGAUUACCAGCACAACAUGACACGGAUGGGCGGGGGGAUCGGCAUCAAUCAGGGCUGGUCGCUUGCCGAUCCGAUGCAGACGAUGAUCGAGGAGCAGGUGGAGUUUUUGCAGCGCGACGCGUACCGGGGCGGUGACGACGGGGGUGACGACUACUCGGAAUCAAUCAUCUCAUCCACCAGCUCCAUGACCAGCUCGUUCACCUCGAACAGUACGGCGUCGAGAACGACGGCGACCUCGGCCGCCAGCCGCCGGCGCAUGAUCGAUCCGGACGCAAAUGCGGACAUUUCCAAGUUUAACGUGCGCGUAGCCGCCAUCGCGCUGGUGCUGCUGCAUGAAGAUAUUUUGCUGGAAAGCAGCAGUCAGCUGAGCACGGUGGAAUCCCCCCUCUCCGAGGCGAGUGUACAGCAGCUGCAAACGAAGGCGGAUCGGUUCUUCCGUUCGAUUGGCAAUCUCGGGCUUGGGCUCGGUGCGAAUGACGUCAGUAACGCGGGCCUAGUGCUGGACAGUGGCUGUGACUGUAGCCACCUACGAUUGCUGCUGGCACCGAUCAUACUCGAAGGUGAUGAGCAGCGGAAUCGGUGCGGUUCACUGUUACGCUUUUCGGUUUCGAUCGCACGUGCCGAUCUGCGCGAGGUCCUGCUGGAAGUUGCUGUUCCCCUGGUGGAAUUCUAUCGCGAGCAGCGGCCUAACGCAUCCGGCACCUCCCUACCAAAGCGACCCGAAAUUAGUGUAACGUUCGAGCAGAGCUGUAACGCGUUACGGGGUUCAAGCGGCAAACGCUUUUCACCUCCCCGUACGAAGAUACACGUGAUGAUGGCACCGUUCCUAACGGAGUUUGACAUUACCAUACUGGAUCGAUUGAGCUCGCUGCUGUAUCAAGCCCCUUUCACCGCCUACUACCACAAACCGGCGAGUAGUCCAGCCAGCUCUUCACCAAACACCGGUACGCCAUCUGGUGGUGGUCGGUCGAAGCCGGAAGCCAAAACCGAUCUUCAGCUGGAAUCGUUAGCGGUAGACUUUCGGUUGCGGUUUCCCAUCCCGGACCUGCGACCGAUACACGAUCCCCAGCGCGUUCCCUGGUGGAGACGCAACAUCCGGCCCGACUUUCUGCUACUGAAGCUGGAACUGGUGCGCACGGGAAUUACGCUCAGCCCGCACCCGGUGUAUGACAUUUCGGCAAACGAAAUCAAACUCUUCUACCACGAAGCGGAACCGAAAGGCGCGAACGGUUCCGGUGGUGUAAAUAUAGGCAAAACUGUGAUGCAAGAGAAUGCUGCUCCCGGGCAGGUCCCUUCGGUGGAAUAUCCGCGAAUAAUCAUCGAGAUCCCAAGCGAGGCGUCGCUGCAGACGGCUCUCGCGGAACAGCCGGCACAGUGUGGUGUCGCUGGAAAGGGUCACGCAAAGCCACACGCAAGCCACUCCGCACAUCAGCGCGGCUACGAAGAGAGCGACAGUGAUCCAACAUCCGGCGAAAGUAUCGGCGUAACCACUGGCCGAUGCAAGGAGGACACACCGUUCAGCGCGAAACGGGUGUGCAGGGAAAGUGAUACGCCCCAUUCGAAAACAUCCACGGCGGGCGUAUCGGACACGCCGGAAACGCUCACCCUACCGGGCGAUACGGACGAAAUGAAUACGUUUUGUACGCGUGCGAUGAAGCGGGCAAAGUUGCAGAUUCGCAUCGAUCUUCCCGUCGUUAGUUUGCAGCUAAAAUCGAAACAUCUGUACGAAGUUAUCUACAAUCGCAUCAGCACGGAUCUGUUGCUAUGGGAACCGAGUGCCCCAUCGGCGACGGCGGCAGCCGAAGCGCAACAGAAUGCACAGAACACGACCCGUGUUUCCUUCCGCGAGCCCGAGACGUGUCUCGCCGGUAUGGGCAUGAUGGACUCGAUCUACAUGCCCUACACAAUGUGCCAAAGUGGUAUCCAGUUGGAUUCCAGCUCGUCCGCAACAAACUCCGAAUCAGAAUCAGAUUCCGACGGUAUUUUCUACUCGGUGUACGAUCGAACGCGCGGUGGCCAGCUUGACGGUGGUGGUGGGUCCGGUGCUACCGGUGGUGCGGCCGGAACGGGGCGAAAAUCAUCUUCCCACUCGCACCGAAGCUCAUCGCACGGUGGUAAGCUGGCACCGUCGGCCAGUGGCACCGAAGCAAACACCGUAGCCUUCCGACUAAACAUCGGCCAGGGUGUGCUCACGAUGUUCGCUCCCGUUCGUGACGCACAGAAGCACGUUAUUCCGGGACAGUUUGGAGAGUUUGUGAUACGAUUGGCUUCGGGUUACGUCUUCUCCGUCAGUGGAUUCCAUGGCAACGCGAACCUGGGCUACCUGUGCAUUCAGGCCAAAUCGGCCGAAUUCUACCACUGCGGACUAAUCCCGACACCGUGCAACAAUCCACCGUUGCGUUUGAUCAACAGCGUGCUACCCGCGUAUCUGCAGAGUACGCUCUAUCCAACGCCGAAAAGUUUAACCCUGCACGAGCAGCGUGGUUGCACGAACCGGGAGAUGCUUUCGCUCGCGAUACAGAUUAAAUCGGUGCCGGACCUAGCGAUCAAACGCAUACGGUUGGCGGCCGGCAUACAGCUCACGACCCUGCGCCAUCAUGCCACGCUGCAGCAACACGCGUGGCUGACGCAGCUGCUCGACAUGCUGGAUGUGGUGGACUAUCCGGUGCCGGGGUACGUACCGCUCGGCGUUGUUACCGAAAUGCAUCUGCAUCUGUGGGACUGUGCGAUUGACUAUCGGCCGCUGUACUUCCCGUACCGGGCGGUCAUCACGGUCGGGUCGUUCAUGAUUAGCAGCAACAUUACGACCGCGAGCAGCGGACUGACGCUCAACUUUAUUGCCGAGGACGUGACGCUCUCGCUAGCACCGCAGCAAAUUUCGCUCACCGCGACGGGUGGAAAGGAUUCGUCCGUCAGCAGCCACCACCAAGCCAUGGCGAGCAAUAGUAGCAAAAUCACUGUCCUGCCAUCGAACGAGCUGGUGUGCGUGCUGGAGGUGGGAUUGUUCGAGAUUUCGCUCAUGCUGAACGAGCGUGUGACGGUGAAGUUUCCCAAGUUUGAUCUGCGGACCGCCAUCAACGAUGUUCACGUGCGGACGUGUGCCGAUUCGGCUCGUGCCUUAGCGCAGCUGAUCGGUUAUCUGGCGGCCGAGGGAGAUUUGCUGCUGCCAGAAGGCGAUUCGGAAGCGGGUGCGUGUGGAGCUGGAAUUUCGUCCGCUGGCGGAUCGGACAGUGCGGUCGGUGGAAGUGGUGCUCGCGAGUCGAAGGACGGUAUCAUGCAAGGCGGACUACCGUUGGGGGGUGAACCGGAAGGUGAAUUGCUCCCGGUACGGCCAUCGUCCAGCGCUAGCGGGCCGGUAGUGACGCCGAAACAGCAGCAGCACGUUAACACACUGAUGGCCGACGCGAUGGAGGAAAGUCUGUACAUCGAAAGCACAUCCAGUGGCGAUGGAGCAGGAGACGAUCCGCUGCUCGGUGGCGAAGGUGGCGGUGGUGCUGGUGUGGAGAUGUUUUUCUUCCCGGACGAACGGCAGCGGCGUACCAAGGACGAGAAGGAUCCUGGGGGCGGUGGUGGCAAUAGCGGCAACAAGCGACGCUUCGGUUCGGAUGAUGAUUCGUUAAGCAUCGAUGAUGGUUCGAGCAUACCGUCAUCGUACCACGAUGACGAUCACUACCUACGGCAGCAUGGCCAGAGGCAGCUCACCGGUGCGGACGUGGACGAUGAUAAUGCGAGCGUGAACAUGCGCGAACUGAUGAACUUUGAGCGGUCCGUGCUUGGCCAGCAUCCGAUUAGCUAUGGCAUUGGGGACGACGAUGAGGAUGACGAUACGGGUGUGGAAGCCCUGCCGCAGGUAACGAAAGAGCUCGGAGACGUAAACAAGCAUCGGGCGGAAUCGGCCAACGUUCCGGCCGCCGGUUCCCAUUUCCCGCAGCGCAAAAUCAGCUCCGACACGGACGACGAUUUUUGCAUAAUCGCCGACGAGGAACGUCCCCACCGGGGGGGCGAUGAUUCCCACAACCAGGAGGUGCCGGUUUCGGAGGAUCCGAUCCGCAUUGUGGACAACCAUUUCAGCAUACCGAGCGGAAAGCCCGAUCUGCUGAAGGCGCCCGAAGAUUUCCCCAGCGCGGUGGAACGGUACACGAUCUGCGAGAUGACGGUCACGUGGCACAUUUACGGUGGGCGCGAUUUUCUCACCAAAGACGACCGCCGUCGCAAAGGGAAGCAGCAGUCCACCGCCACGACCACGGGUAAGACGGAUAGGCAGCCGACGGCUGUAGCAGCUGCCACACCGGGGACUGUCCAUCAUCUGCCCACCGCGCUGCCGAUGUCGGAAGCGUACAAAUCGGGCGUAAGCUACUCGAAGGGUUCACCGUCCGUCAGCUUUGGUGGGCCGGCCCAUGCCGCACUCGCUAAGCUUACGUGGAAAACGCGCGGUGGCCCGGACCGGAAGCACGACGUGACGAUGGAAAUUCACAUCAGCAAGGUACAGUUUUCGCACGAAACGUACCCAGCCAGCACGAAGGAAGCGUCCCGCCAGGUGCUGCUCAUCAACGAGCUGGAGAUCGUCGAUGGGUUGGCGGUGUCGAACAUCAAGAAAUUCCUGUACCAUCCCAAGCUGCCGAGCCGGCCAACGAGCAAGCAGAGCACGAACCAUAUGGUCGUGAUCAAGGCGCUGCACAUGCGACCCAAUCCGGCCCUGUCCGCGCAGGAGUGUUGCCUCCGCGUGUCCGUGCUCCCGAUACGGCUCAACAUCGAUCAGGACUCGCUGCUGUUUUUGAUCAACUUUUUCAACCAGCUCGGCGGUGGAGGUGACAUUAACGAUGGCCCAACGGCUGGUGCUGCCGGAAGCGGCGGUGGUGGGCCGAGUGCCGGCGGUCGCACCUCGCAAACGACUACCCCGGCCCACCAGCCACCGGUCAUGACGGUGGAAUCGAUACCCGAUGCGGUGCAGGAGCUGCAGGCGAAGAAGAUGGUGUCGGAAAACUUGAUGCUACUGAUCGAGGAGGAGGAAAAGCACAAAGCGGACACGCAGGAAGGGCCGGCCGCGUACAGUGAGACCGGCGAUACGGCCCCGAUCUACUUCCGCAACGUAAUCUUCAGCCCGGACGUGCCGAUCCGCAUCGAUUAUCACGGCAAGCGGAUGGAACUGUCGCACGGCUCGCUGGCCGGACUGCUGAUGGGUUUGGGCCAGCUGCAGUGUUCGGAAAUACGGCUGAAGAAAAUCUCCUACCGGCAUGGGCUGCUCGGGGUGGACCGGUUGCUAAACUUCCUGCUGCAGGAAUGGUUGCAGGACAUUAAGAAGCAUCAGCUGCCGAAGAUUAUCGGUGGUUUCGGACCAAUGUACUCGCUGGUGCAGCUUUUGCAAGGUAUUUGGGAUCUGUUCUGGUUGCCGAUCGAGCAGUAUCAGAAGGAUGGGCGCAUCGUGCGCGGCUUACAGCGUGGAGCGCAAAGCUUUACGGCCCGUACUGCACUGGCUGCACUGGAGAUUACCACUCGCAUCAUACACUUGCUACAGAUUACGGCCGAAACGGCGUACGAUAUGAUUUCACCCGGACCAUCGAUCCGGCGCGGUCGGGGCAACCGUAAAGGCAAACGGAAGCGGCUGCAUCCACCGCAAGACAUUCGCGAGGGAAUGUCCAACGCCAUACAGAUAGUGCGGGAGGGCAUCUCGGAGACGGCCCACAAUCUGGUGGAGAUCACCGCCCUCGAGCACGAUCAGAAAGGUUACACGGGUGCGGUCGGUGCGGUGAUGCGCCAAAUACCGCCGAUCGUGGUGCAGCCGAUCGUGUUGGCCACCCAGGCCACCAGCAACGUGCUCGGCGGUGUCAAAAACCAGCUCGUGCCGGAUGCCCGUGCCGAAGCGCGGGAAAAGUAUAAGGACGACGUGGAGUAGUAAAAACACGGUUGCGCUCUGGUGUGGGUGUCCGGAAGUAAGGAAGCAGCGUGUGUUGUGAUGGUGUUCCAUAGAGUGCAAGCGAGAGUGAGCGCGACGCACGUUGGUCGCUUUUAUUUUUAUCCUUUAUCCUUUUUAAUCCUUAGCCUUAUAUACCGUGUGUCCGGUUUUUUUGUGUUUGUUCGUGUAUGUGGGCUAGCGUAUGCAAUUAGUUUUGCACAUAAGACCCCAAUCUCUGCUAUAAAAAAGAAGGCAGCUGUAUAAAUUAGAACCCCCCCCACACUGAUAAGAUUCUUAAUAAUAUUUUGUCCCGGUUGUUUUUCGCCCCUGAGGGUGAAACCGAAACUUAAACUAACCCUACGAACAAGUAAGUGAUAAUAGAAUGGAAACAAGAAGCAAGAAGAGUGGGAAGAAAGGAAAGAGCAAGUAAUUUCGCUAAAUUAAACAAGUGACAACUGACA